AUGACUAGGCUGCUCACCAUCUCCGCUUCCUCCAUGACGCUGUUCGGUUCUGUUGGAAGCAUGUUCCUAUCAAUGGAUGGCAAGGCAGGAUGUGGAAAUGAGCCUUCUGUUGUGGACAAAUCGUUCAAUAGGAAAGCCUGCACAAAAGUGCAACAUGUUGAAACACAAACUAAGGUCAGAGCGGCCCAACUUUCCGAGGUCUCAGCCUCGGAAAGGCUCGGAAAGUUGCCCCGCCCGUCUCCCUCCCCGCGCGACUGCCCCGCCCAGCCUCCCUCCCGUCCUCCUCGCGCCCGCCGCCGCCUCCCUCCGGCCUCCCUCUCGGCCUCCUCGCGCCCGCCGCCGCCUCCGUCCGGCCUCCCUCCCGUCUCCCCCCUCGCGGCCUCCGCCACGUUCCCCUGCCCCGCCUCCCUCCGGUCUCCUUCCCCGCGCCUCGACGCCGCCUCCCUCCGGCCUCCCUCCCGUCUCCCUCCUCGCAGCCUCCACCAUGUUCCCCUGCCCCGCCUCCCUCCAGUCUCCUUCCCCGCGCCCGCCGCCGACUUGUCGCCGCCGCAUGCCGCUGCGCUCGCCACCGGCUCGGACUCCCGCCGUCGGAUACCAAUGCGCCCGCCGUCGCUUCCCCUCUCCAGCUCGGACGCCCGCCGCCGCAUGCCCCUGCGCACGCAGCUUCUCAUGCGAGCCCGUCGACAGCUUCUCCUGCAAGCCCCAUCGUGCCCUGCUCCGGCCGUUCUAACAGCCCCCUUCCAGAUUCAAUAG